ACUUCUAGAUUUCACACCCUAAAAUGGCUUCCACACUCUGUUCCAGAGCCUCCUCAAUAUUUUCAUCCUACACUGUACGACGUCGUUUGCCCCUAAUUGGGGCGAUCUGUAUUGUCAGCUUGGGCAUCUCCAAUCUUUCUGCCUCCUUCAAAAAGGAUACCACUCAUCCACCCCCAUUUGCCCCUCUUUUAAGAUCAAAGUUUAGUACUGAAACACUAUCAAAGAACUUUAACGCCAUCAAAAUGGAAGGGAGCAGCGACACUGUACCAAGUAUUGUAGUUUACGUUACUGUACCUAACAAAGAAGCAGGGAAGAAGCUGGCUGAAAGCAUAGUGAAAGAGAGACUUGCAGCAUGUGUAAACCGGGUACCAGGUAUUGAAUCAGUUUAUGUGUGGAAAGGAGAGAUCCAGACAGACCCUGAGGAACUGCUUAUUAUCAAAACCAGACAAUCCCUAUUGGAAGCUCUGACUGAGCAUGUCAAAGCAAAUCAUGAAUACGAUGUACCAGAAGUAAUUGCCUUGCCCAUCACUGGUGGCAGUCACCAGUACUUGGAAUGGGUAAAAAAAGGUACAAGGGAUUGACUUUCUCAGACGUUGCAAGGUACGUUUAUGAAGUUGUAGGGGCCUCUUUUGGGGUGUGCAUGUUAAUGGCUUCUGUAGCAUAAGUCUAGUCUGUAAUUUGACAUUGGAUCUUAGUUCUAGGUGAAGAACUGUUUUUUGGAUAUUUGUUGGCAAACAUUUUUACAUCGUACACUUUACAUUUUGGUAUAAUACACACGCACACACACCCCAAAAUCAUGUACAUUUAGAAUGAGUAUCCGUUUAGGUAUCAAUGAUGAUGUAACAUUAUAUGAAUUAAUGAUUUUAAAUUAAGUGUA